AUGGCGUUUCGGCUAGCUGGCUUUUUCCUGAUCCUCGCCCUCGGCUUGAGACAUUAUCUCUCCACUAACCAGGAGCCCCGAUGUCGGUGUGGCCCGGAUGAUGAUUGCUGGCCCUCGCCGAUGGCGUGGGAACACCUCAAUGAGACUAUCAAUGGCUAUCUGACGCAGUUACAGCCAGUUGGAGCUGUGUGUCACGAAAAGCAUUAUUCCAACAACUCCUGCAAUGAGCUAAUUCAACACUAUCGCAACACCACAUGGCGCGUUAACAAUCCCGCUGCGCUGCAGGUAGAUACCUGGGAAUAUUCGCGACCACUGAAGCAAAGUUGCCACGCCCAAGACCUGCCGGAGCACAGUCAAUGCCACCAGGGUCGCGUGGCACACUACUCGGCCUAUGUCAAUUCCGUAUCGGCGGUGCAGCAGGUGAUCCAAUUUGCCGCGUCUCAUCGCCUGCGACUGGUUAUUCGCAACACCGGUCACGAUCUUGCAGGACGUUCAUCAGCCCCAAACUCACUUCAGCUUCAUACCGCUGGUCUUAAGGGCAUUGAUUAUGUAGAAUCGUUCACUCCUCAGGCUCCAGCCGGUCAAUCAGUGCCCUCAGAGGGCCCCGCGGUGACAGUAGGGGCAGGGGUGCUCACAGGAGAGCUCUACUCGGUGGCCGCAGAGGCAGGAUUUACCGUGGUAGGAGGAAGCUGCAGUACGGUUGGAAUCGCUGGCGGCUGGAUGCAAGGUGGUGGCUACGGGAUUCUGACCCCGUCACGAGGACUAGGAGUGGACAAUGUGUUGGAAAUUGGGGUUGUAACGGCGCAGGGCGUCUAUGUCACUGCAAACCGAUACCAAAACCAAGAUCUCUUUUGGGCCAUUCGUGGAGGCGGCGGAGGCACAUUUGGGGCCGUCGUGCACGUAACAUUCCGCACCUACCCAGACUCUCCCGCCACCGUGUCUAAACUGAAUGUGAUUAGUCCCCAUGGACUGAAUUCUGCCUUCUGGGGCGCCAUAACGGAUCUGCUCCUCGCGAUUCCCAUCCUGGCGGAUCGCGGAGACGCUGUCCUAGCCUUUAUGAUCCCGGUCAUGCCUGACAACGCCACAUUUCUCACCAUCGAGUCCUAUCUCAUCAAUGAAACCGAUGUCGGCGGUCUAGAUGUUAUCCGGAAGCUACAAAAAGGCAUCGAAGCGCGCGGGUUAUCAGUGGAGUCCUCCGAGGAGUCCUUCGAUCGGUUGUCUGCGUAUCUUGCGAUUCCGAAAGGUUUGGAUCAGGCCGGCAUGGGGAUGAUGACCGCGUCACGACUUGUGUCGCGAGAGCUAAUGACAUCGGCUCAGGGGCCUUCCCUGAUUAGUCAGACCCUCGCCCAGCUCAGCUAUGAGCCUGGAAAUGUCCUGAGCCUAGAGGGAAUGGUCGGGGGGCCCGCAGUGCGAGAUAAAGACACAGCGGACCGCGCAACCCAUCCAUCGUGGAAGUCUGCUGUCAUGUCCCUAACUUUGGGCCACAGCCUACCGUCAGUUCCAGAUUGGACAGCCUACAGCCGUGUCCAGCGCAAACUGGCAAUGACGCAGGUACCGGCUCUUGAGGCCCUCGAACAGGGCACGAUGGGAGGGUACCUGGGCAUACCAUUCCCGUACGAAAGCCAUCCUUCUCAGGUGUUCUGGGGGUCCCAUUACGAUAGGCUUUUAACUCUCAAAGGGCAUUGGGACCCCGAUGAUUUAUUCUUAACUCGAUUGGGGGUCGGUUCGGAGCAGUGGGAUGAGGAAGGCAUGUGUCGAGUUGGUCUGGAGCAGGCUUCUCUGUGGUCGUAUUCCAGCAUAUGGAAGAAGUGGGACGAUCUUAUCACUGUGAUA